AUGGAUCGUUGUUGUAUUCAAUUAAACUGUAAAACGUUGGGAAUGAUGGAAGUUGGAUCCCCAGAUGAUAAUGGAAAGUGUGAGGAUGGGGCCCAAUUUGUUAAUAAUCAGUGUUGUGAUAUACCCCCUUGUACUAAAAAUCAAAUGGACGAUAUUGGACGGGGAAUGGAAGGUGUUUGUGAUGGAAAAGAUACAAAAUAUAUAGAUGGACGUUGUUGUGUUGCGAAAAAAGAACCACCAACAACAACAACUCCUAAACCCUCAACAACAACUCCUUUGGGGCUUUAUGUAAAUGGACGCUUCUUUAUGAAUUGUGCAGAUAAAGAAAGUGAUCGCUUUUGCCAGGAUAAUAUUAAUAAAUGCAUGCAAAGAAAUGGUGGAAGAAAUUGGGGACGAGGAAGAAAUAGAAUAAAUAAAAAAUAUAUGGCCUUUAAUUGUUGUAAUUCUUGUCGACUAGCGUUUAAAGAUUUUUUGCCUACAUUAUAUGGAGGAGGGAAUAAUAAUAAUGAUUAUGAUGAUAUUAAUGAUGAUUAUAAUAAUGAUGAUGGUUACGGAUAUAAUAAUGGAUAUAAUAAUGGUUAUAGAGGCAAUGGUAGACGAAAUUGGUGA